AAUUUUCGCCUGCUCAACAACCGCCCUACGCCAAGACCCGAGACUUGUCCCAGCACUGGACAAGAUGGCAUCCCGACCGACCGUCACCGUGAUCGGCGCCGAUGGCAAGGCCACCGGCGCCACUGUGGUCCUCCCCAAGGUCUUCAGCGCCCCGAUCCGCCCGGAUAUCGUCAAGCACGUCCACACCGGCAUGGCCAAGAACAAGAGGCAGCCGUACGCCGUCAGCGAGAAGGCCGGCCACCAGACCUCGGCCGAGUCGUGGGGCACUGGUCGCGCUGUUGCCCGUAUCCCCCGUGUCUCUGGCGGUGGCACUCACCGUGCCGGCCAGGCCGCCUUCGGUAACAUGUGCCGUUCCGGCCGCAUGUUCGCUCCCACCAAGGUCUGGCGCAAGUGGCACGUCAAGAUCAACCAGGGCCAGAAGCGCUUCGCUACUGCUUCCGCCCUUGCCGCCUCUGCUGUGGCUCCUCUCCUGAUGGCUCGUGGCCACCAGGUUGCGACCGUUCCCGAGGUUCCCCUCGUUGUCGACUCUGCCGCUGUUGCUGGCGGGGCUAUCGCCAAGACGUCGGCUGCUCAGGCUCUCCUGAAGGCCGUCGGUGCUGGCCCUGAUCUUGAGAAGGUGAAGAAGUCCAAGAAGCUCCGUGCCGGCAAGGGCAAGCUCAGGGGCCGCCGCCACCGCCAGCGCCGUGGCCCUCUGGUCGUCUACAGCGCCGAGGCCGAUGGCAAGGAACUCGUCAAGGGCCUGCGCAACCUCCCGGGUGUCGAGACCUCGCCCGUGGACGCGCUCAACCUCCUCCAGCUCGCUCCCGGCGGCCACCUCGGCCGGUUCAUCAUCUGGACCUCGGCUGCCAUCCAGCAGCUCGACGCCAUCUACGAGAGCAAGAAGGGCUUCGUUCUCCCGUCCAACGUCGUAUCGCAGGCCGACCUUACCCGUCUCAUCAACAGCUCCGAAAUUCAGAGUGUCCUCCGCGCUCCCAAGGGCGAGGCCCGCACCAAGCGCGGCGCGGUGCAGAAGAAGAACCCGCUCCGCAACAAGCAGAUCAUGCUCCGCCUCAACCCGUAUGCCUCGACAUUCGCGAAGGAGAAGCUGGGCGAGGUCAAGGCCGAGGAGGGCAAGCCUGCGCCGACACCGGCGGCCUUCAAGGAGCUGCUGAAGGAGGCUUAGGUUGGGUCAUUAAAAUGGAUGGAGUGGUUGCGGGUACUCGGCGUAAUGGAUUAGGCAUUUGUGCACAGCGCACAUCAAUGAAUUCUGAUACCGGACAUGCGGCAUAUUUGCUUUGUGACAUGAUUGUGUGGUUUAGGAGCAGAGGUCGAGGAUGGAAAUGAAGUCCCGAAUGGGCAACAGUCCCUGCC